UCCACCAAACAAAAAUCUAUGUAUUCGAUCUGUGUCGUCAUGGCGACGAGCCUGCCAUGGAAUCCUCUACUCCCCUCGAAACCUAUACGCCUACACCACCACCACCACCGCCGCCGCCACCGCUCUCCCUUCGUACAGGCCUUUAGGCGCAGCGACUUCGAUGGUUUCGCGAGGCGCAUGGCCACCGGCGAGGUCUGGAGGGACGUGUGGCGGAGCGCCAACGACGGCUUCGAGCAACUCCUUUAUGAGACCAAGAAGACGGCGGAGCGCAUCGACCGUCGGUACUCCGUCUCGCGGCGGCUUUCGGCGGUCGCCCAAUCCGCCUCCUACCGGGCCAGAGAGAUCGACCGCGACUUGGAGAUCACGCAGCGUUGGCGGACUUUUACCCUCGAUUUCAGUCGGAAUUGGCCGAGGUACAGGAAGCAACUUAAUGACUUUUCAAACACUCCUAUUGGAAAAAGUUUUGCUACAAUAUUCUUCAUCUGGUUUGCACUAUCUGGAUGGCUGUUUCGCUUCUUGAUAUUAGCAACAUGGAUACUGCCAUUUGCGGGUCCUCUUCUCAUUGGAACAGUUGCCAAUAAUUUAGUCAUUAAGGGAGCUUGUCCGGCUUGCAAGAGGCAGUUUGUGGGUUUAAAGAGCCAAGUAGUUCGCUGCACGGGUUGUGGAAAUAUUGUAUGGCAACCACAAGGGGAUUUCUUCUCGAGAGGUCGUGGAGGCAGUAAUCCAUCUUCCUCAAAGUCUGAACCUGAAAUAAUUGACAUUGACUUUGAGGAGAAAUGAGUAGAGAGCUGGUGACGUGGAUUCAACAAGGCACAGAGGAUAGGAGACAGAUGAGAAUGGAAGAGUCGUCUCAUAACUUACACGUGAGUUUGGACUCAUGUUUUAUGUUUUUGUGUAUAUUAGUUCUCUUGUAUUCAGAGUGUUCGUAGGAAUUAAAUGUGUUAAAUUUGUAUACUACCUUUGCCUUUGCCUUUACCCGCAAAGUUGACAAAUAAGAACCACAGCCAAAACUGUCAUACUCAAAUUUUCUGCUAUUGCUGGGCUGUUAUUUCAGUGUACAGGUUGAUGUGGAGUAGUUCUAAGAAAUGCUGCUUUUGUAUUUUAUUUGAAGAAUCUAAUUUCAUUCAACUUCCCCACUAUA